UGUACUGACAGGGUCGUUGUUGUCAUUACUCGCUGAACGGAAGGAAAUACGAUGGCUAGUAGUAAUAAGAAGAAGAUACUGGUGUUGUCAGCUCUCGGGCUUCUUCUUUUGGCAGAAGAAAGACGUCGCAGGCAAAAAAUAAGGAGAAACCGCACUAAGUGGGUGAAUUCCUGGAUCUCACAGCGACAGACUCAGGGAGCUUUCCCGAAUUUGUGUCGGGAACUGGAUAUGGACGAGCCAGGUGAUUUCAAAAAUUUCCCUCGGCUCUUUCCUGCCCAGUUCAACAUGUUGGAGGAACUUGUCAGACCGAUUAUCCAGCGGUGCAACACCAAUUACCGUGAUUGUAUAUCUGUCGGUGCGCGUCUGACGGUCACACUGCGCUUCCUCGCAACAGGGGAAAGCUUCAAGAGUCUUUCAAUUCUGUUCCGAAUGGGUGUCUCCACAAUUCGGCAAAUCGUUCCUGAAACCUGUGACGCCAUCUACCAGGUCUUAAGAGAGAAAUAUCUGAAGUGCCCAGACACAGCGCAUGAGUGGCAGCAGGUAUCCAGUGGAUUCAUGUCUCAGUGGGACUUCCCAAAUUGCCUGGGUGCUCUGGAUGGGAAACACGUAAACAUUCGCCCCCCACCAGGGACUGGAUCAAUAUACUACAUGGCACUGGUCGACAGCUCGUACAGGUUUCUGUAUGUGGAUGUCGGCUGUAAUGGAAGAAUUUCUGAUGGUGGAGGGUCUCGUGGAUGCACGUUAGCAGAUGCCCUGGUAAACAGAACCACCAACAUCCCUGCCCCUGCACCACUUCCAGGCUCUGACCAGCUGUCUCCAUACUGCAUUGUGGCAGAUAAGGCGUUUCCGUUGACAGACUACCUGCUGAAGCCAUAUGUAAACCGCAGACUCACUGUAGAGCAGCGCAUCUUCAACUACAGGCUGUCACGAGCUCGGAGGGUUGUGGAAAAUGCAUUUGGGAUCAUGGCCAACCGCUUCCGUGUCUUGCUAACCACCAUCAACAUCCAAGACACUGUCAAAGUGGAGUACAUUGUCCUGGCUUGUUGUGCUCUGCAUAACUUUCUACGGAGUGAGAGCAGCGAUGUAUACAUGGCAGACAUUGUGGACCAGGAAGGACCAGAUGGAGACAUUAUUGAAGGACGAUGGAGGCAAGACCCUGUCCUACAACAAGCCCCCCUGCCAAAAAACAGCAAUGCAACAGCAAGGGCCAAAGAGAUCAGGGAUCAACGAUGUCAUUAUUUCAUGACUGAUAAUGGUGCAGUGCCUUUUCAGUGGGGCAAGAUAUAGGACAGAUUGUCUGUGUAUAAAGGCGUUUCAAUUGUGAUUAUUGAGAAGGAUCAAUAAAAAUCAUAUCAAUCAUGAUGGCCUCCUAUAUAAAUAUCACCACAAAGUCUACACACUAGCGUCAGAUUUUGGAAACAUAAUGUAUAGUUUUUGGUCAGGGGAUAAUGGAAUGUGCAAAGUUUAAUUAUAAUGUUCUCAUAAAUCUGCAUUCAUCAGUAGUCAGUAUCAGGAUCAGUUCAGAAUGUUCCCCAUAAUAUGUUAAUGUGGUUUCUGUAUGAAAGGUUACAUGUGAAUGGAGGACCAGACCAUCAGUGUUCACUUCAUGGAAUUGAACACUGACUGGCUUUUAUUCACAUGCAAUUUGAGCAGUUCAUGGCCUAUUAUAGAAGACAAUAAUAGUGUGAAGUACCUUGGCAUAGCUGUAUUCACGUGUAGACUAUGUUGAAAUGGGGUGAAGGUGACUCACAUUACAUUGAGAGUAACAAGACAUUGUUGCUGAACAAUCCACAUCAUUGGUAUUAAUAUUAUAAGGACAGUGGGAAAAAUACAGAGACAUUCGCUUUUAUUAUCAGAAGUUAAAUGUAUAAAAUGUAUGAAAUAUAAAAGGGAAAAGCAUAAAUACAAAUAUUAAGAGGCAUUUGUGUGUUUUUCCUGGUUGUGCUCCUCAAAAAAAAUUAAAUGCUGGUGCGUCACUGCCCCCUAUAGGUUAAAUAUUGAAUAGACCCUUCAAAAGAAAAAAGCCCAAGGCUUCAUAAGCAAAUCCAAAAUAAUUUCAUCCACUUCCUAAAAGAAAAUUAAUCGUGAUCUAUUUGAAUAACAGCAACAACAUUAGCAACAGAUCAGCCUACUUCUACUCAGGACACUUCAUAAAUGGACAUCAUGAUUUAGUCAUUCUCACAUGUCAUGUAGGUUUUAGCACUUUUUAGAAAGUCAUUGUGUUGUUCCACUAAUUAUUAAAAGUCCUGUGGGG